UCUCCAAAUGCGAAUAAGUAAGUGAAAAAUACUCUAUUUCCUCACUUUGAAAACCUGGUUCUGAUCGACGCACUGGUCGAAACAGGAAUAGAGUUUGUUCAACAUGUUCACAAUCUCCAUCGGUUCGCUCCGACUACACAUUGACGUAAACUCCACGAUGUCGCUGAAGAGAAUCGUGACGCUCUCAAAUCUCUCCGCUUCGACCAUCUGCCCCGCCAUGAGGCUAUCUGCGACGGAAAUGGGCAGCAUUUCUCGCAGAAGACCGGCCAUUCUCUGCUUCUCCUCCUCCAGUGAUUUCUGCACCGACUGGAGCUCCAGGAUAAAUUCCUCGAGAUGAACCGAAUUGAUGAACUCCGAUUCGGCAGCCUGCCCGAUCAUUAUGAGCCCCCUCGUUGCGUCGUGGAGAGGAAUAUCGCUGAGAUAGAGCCCCGCCCUCUCCAGGUCCUGGAGCUGUUUAACCCUCGGUGAACAGAGGAAGAGGAGGGAGUCUGAUUCUCGGAGGUAAAUCAUCUGACCACGCAGGCUCAGUGGGACGGCGUCUCGUCUGCACAU